AUGGGGAAACGCCUGCGAGUCCCCAAUUGCACCCACCUGGACAUGGACCGCGUUUUCGGUCAGGAGCAGCACUGCGGCGUCUGCGGGCGCUCGCCAUCCAUCGGGUUCCUGUACGAGUGCAGACAGGAUUGCGAACCCCAUCUUCUCCGCACACUACUAGCUAGGGAUCAGGAUAGCAUCGAGCCAGUGAAGUCUGCGUUGCGCCAGGAGUUGGAAAAGAUUGGGUUGGGUGAGAGUAUCAUUAUCACAGCGGAGAGCGGACAUUACACCGACAAGCAACUGAACAAGCUCAAGGGCCUGAAGCUUGAGCUGCAGCAGGUCAUCUCGGACACGCAACAAGCCGCUCAAGCCAGCGAUGUCGUCUCUAGACUCACCGCUGCCAUGGCUAAGGCGCCAUAUAGCACCGACGGGGCCUUCAACAGUAUGCCUGAUAUGAACGCAGUGAGUAGUUUCCGAUGUAUUGAAAUUAGCAAACAGACUACUAAUCAGCCACAGAAGCCCAUGGGAUGCAACGUAAGAGCCUGCCACACCUGUCGCCCGUACUAUCGAGAACGAAUGUACAUCCCCUUUCAAGCGGUACUCAACGCAGAGUUCCCGCCCAUGACACGAGAAGACAUGGAGGAGCUCCCAACCAAAUCUGCACACAUCAUGCGUACCAUCGGCACUCGAGUUCAGCCAUUGCCAUCCUCGACAACUCUAGGCACCUCUCCAUCGACAUUGCCCAACUCGAAUUCCUUCGCUACAUCUGCAGGCUCACCACUUACCGCCUCUUCCAACACAACCGAUUCAAGCGAAGCGACGUUCAAGACGACGCAAACUGACAUGGACGAGAUCUCCGCUCAGCGUCGCCCCCGCCGACGGUUCUACAAGAUGGGUCGUCGAUCGUCCGUGGACAUUGCCCGCUCCCUUUCUCGCGGAUCCAGUCUCCUCACACCUCAAGGUCUCAAAUCCGCCGUCCAGGGUAUCUUCCGCCCAAACCGAGAAUCCAGCUCCGAAGGCUCUAAUAUCACGCUCCCACUUCCAAGGACUGGCACAGUUCGCGAUAACACGGGUUCUCCGCCUGUAGGCGAGUUCGACCUCGGAGCUUUACGUCGCGUUCGGAAGCAGAAGGAGCGCAAUGAGGUCAAGAACGGAACGUAUACGGGUGGCUUCGAAAAUGUUACCGCACAAGCCACGGCGCCCAGUGACCCAGCGUCAGGAAACAACAGCAGCACCGACUCCGAGUUCUCGGUAUACUCAUUUACGACUGAAGAGGAAGAGAACGUCGUAGUAGAAGGCGUUGCUAUCACGGAAGAAGCAGCUGAGACGCACACACCCGAUCUUGUCGCUCUUAACGUCCCUGCUAUUCAUAAGCUGGAAGCGGUGAUCAAGACCGCAGAGGUCGCGACUACUGAGAUUGAAGAGGACGCGGAUAUUGGAUUACAAAGCAUCAUGACGCAGGUGUAA